CACAGAACAGAUAGAUUGAUGGAAGUAUAAGAAGAAAGGGAAGGGAACCAAAACAAACGGACGGAGAGAUUGAUCGAAGAAUUAACAGAAGGAGAAAUGGAGGGGAAAGAUCUGCAAGAAAUUGAGCACCCAGGACAUGAUCACCGACUGCUUCUCCGAGAAUCCCUCCAAGGCGGCGACCGCUAUGGUCACCAAGUUUACUGCGACGGAUGCAGGGAACCUAUCUCAUCAUCAUCAUCAGGAGUAGAGGGUGGAGGAGGCGCCUUCUAUGCUUGCCCCAACUCCGAUUGCUGGUUUUUGCUGCACAAACGGUGUGCAGAAUUGCCCCCCAAAAUCGAGCAUCCCUCUCACCCGGACCACGCCCUCACUCUUUCUCCCUUUCCCGUAGAUGAUCGAGAGUGCGAUGUCUGCGAUUUCAGCAUUGACGGAUUCCUAUAUCAUUGUUCCGACUGCGACUUCGAUGUCCACGUACGCUGCGCUUCAAUGGCGGUCCAUAUCCAGGAUAGGGUCGACGAGAACAAAAAGAUUCACAAACACCCGUUGAUUCCCCUCGAGAAAGAGGCCCUGUUCAUUUGCGACGUUUGUGGUAGAGAACAUAUGGGCAAAUCCUAUCUUUGCCCCACCUGUGGCUUCUGGGCCAAUCAGAUUUGUGCUUCCGCGCCAACCACCGUUGACCUCCACAGCCACCCUCACCCCCUCACUCUCUUCCGUUCUUUUCGCUAUGAUGGCCAGAUAUGUGAAACCUGCAAUUUUGAAGUGAAUAGAGCGUGUUGGGCCUAUUUUUGCUCGGAGGGAUGCAAGUAUUCAGUCCAUGUAGGUUGCUUGCCGUUGGAGGAGGCUGAGAAUUGUUCCAACAAGGAUAUCGAAGCCAACCUUCAUUUGAAAUCAUCAAGAAGCCAUGAAAUUGAGAUACCCACGGGUCUCAAAGAAGAGAUUAUUCUCAUCACUUGGCCAGUGCCAGAUGAAUCUGCUCAAUUAAUAACCCAGUUGAUCAAGAACCUCAGCUUACAAGAAACACAUUAUAAAAGAGCUAUCGAGAUUCCAUGUUGCCAGAGAGACCACUCGUUGAUUUUUGUCAACAAGAAAAUUGACGAAUCGAAAGAUGACCAAUUAUGUAACGGCUGUGCACAAACCAUUUCAUCUCAAUUCUACUAUUGCGCUCAAUGCAAGUUUUCUCUUCACAAGUGGUGUGCUGAGUUACCUAAUGAAUUGCAACACAUACUUCACCCCGAACACCCACUUCACUUGCGUACACAACAAGACAUGUAUUAUGCUCACACCUAUUGCACUAGCUGUCGUAUGCACACCAACGGGUUUACCUUCAGUUGCUCCACCUGUGACUUCUACCUCGAUCUCAAAUGUGCUUCACUUCCACGAUUAAUCAAACACCAACUUCAUGACCACAAUCUUGUCUUGAGGAAGGUAUCAAUCAUACAUCCCUGUAAGGCAUGUGGACUAGAUGAAUUCUAUACUUCUUUUCGAUGUGAACCUUGCAAUUUCAAGCUGUGCAUCCUAUGCGCUCUUCUUCCGUUUUCAGUCAGGCAUAGAUAUGACAAACAUCCAUUUACUCUUACUUAUUCCCCCAUUGAAGGCGAGCCUAAUGACUAUUAUUGUGAAAUCUGUGAGGAAGACAUUAACUCAAUGUGUUGGUUUUAUCACUGCAUCAAAUGUGAUCAAUCCCUACAUCCGAAAUGCAUCCAUCCUCCUAUACGAUCUAUGAUUGUGAAGUUUGGUGCGCAAUUCGAAGUGAAUUUUCACUCCCACCUUCUUCGUUUUGUCCGUCGCCCAAAGGGGGGGCUCUUAGCCCCUUGCCACAAUUGUGGCUGUCGUUUCGGAGAAUUAGACUACAUGGCCUUUGAAUGUGAGCAAUGUGAUUUUUGGCGGCACCAUGACUGUGGAUAUAGAAAAGGAUUUUAUUAGUUUGUAGUUGGUUGCUUAGAAGUUGGAGACUCUUCUUCCUUUGGAACAUAUUUUGUCCUUCUGUUGCCUUCCAAGGAUCAUAUACAGAUUGUCCUUUAAUUAGUUAGUCACCUUUAGUACAUGAUUCUCCUCUAUAUCUUUCUAUUUAGUUUAGGAUUGGUGUUCUCUCAGACUAUAUUUUGUCUUCAGUUAUCUUUUUCUUAGAUGCAUAAUGUCUCAUUCAACUGUCUUUGUUCUUUGGAAGGACUUGGCUUUAUC